GUGGGAUACUUUGCACAUGCGCACUAUGGAUUAAUUCCAGCCCCCGCCAUCACUUCCUGGUUUGUAUCGGAGAGCGCACAUCAGGUGAGCGGCUACAUUCAGGUAAGCUAACGGUGGAGUCUUCGGUCCUGCCUCGAGCCCGCGGUGUGGAUUGUUCUGCUUCAGAUACACGCACGCGCUGGAUUGGACAAUGUCCCCGGCUGCCGCCUUCCACGCGCAGCUCGCCUCCAUCAUGGAGGUGCUGGCCAACACGGCCGUGGCGGAGAUCUGCGAGCUCGUGGACAGCGGCUACUCGGUGCUGCAGCUAGAGAUCUCGCGGAGCCGCAAAGAAAACGAGGUGCUGCGGAGGAAACUGCGCCUCAUGGAGCUGCGGGCCGCCCGAGCGACUGCACUGCGAGCCGCAGUUACUGCCAGCGGCAGCGCGGUACUCCACGCGAGCGGCCGCGCACGAGCCGAGCUGAAGAGGAACGCGACCGCGACAGGUGAGGUAGUCUUGUCCAGAGUGUCCAAUCAGGCGAUGCCUCCCUGCAGAGACCACAACUCACCUGCAGAGUCGAGACAGGAAACCACACAGAAUACGCAGCCUGCAGAUGACAUAGCUACCACAGCUGCUGUGAUCAAAGUGGAGGACGAUGACUGCGUUUCCUGGUCCCAGUCUGAGCCGGACAGUAAGUACAAGAAGCUGAAGAGAGCCUUCCUCCUCCUGUUUGAGGAACUCAAGGGACAGGUGGAGGCGGAGGCUGCGAUCAAACAGGAAACUGCAAAUAACGGUGGCAUCUCGUGGACGAGUGGGGAAGUCAGCUCUACCUCCACCUCUGUCCAGAACACCCAGAGGUCAGAAACCAGCAGUUACGACUGUUUGAUAUUUGAGCCGCAGCUUCAGCAUGGCUCCUGCACCACCCAAAAUCCUCUGGGAGCGGAGGCCGGCUGCUCAUCAGCGCCCAAUUCAGGUGGCAGCUUAAUGUUCCCGCUCAGCAAGGCGAGUCUGUCUGCAGCAGAGCGACCUGCAGGUUUCCAGAGCAGCCAGCAGAGGGCGGUGCCUGUGGACGAGCUUCCUGUUAGGAAGGAGACGCCAGGAGAACAUCGCUCCUUCAUCCGGAGGGGCGGGUGGAGACAGGAUGCCAUCAGCAGAGCGGCAAGCCACAGAGGCGAGGACGGCGGGGGAAAGUCAUUCGUCUGUAACUGCUGCGGGAAAAAGCUCGCCUGCCUCAAGAACCUCAAAACCCACAUGAGGGUCCACACCGGCGAGAAACCGUUCGUCUGUGCGCUCUGCGGUAAACGCUUCUCAGACUCCAGCAACCUCAAACGCCACCAGAGUGUCCACACGGGCGAGAAGCGCUACGGCUGCGUCCACUGUGGCAAACGUUUUGCCCAGUCGGGAUCGCUGAAAGUCCACAUGACCGUCCACACAGACUGCAAACAGUUCAGGUGUUCGUACUGCAACAAGACAUUCAUAUCCGGCAGCCACCUGCGGCGCCACAUCACUCUCCACGCAGGAGAGAAACACUUUGGCGCCGUGCAGUGACAGCCGGGAGGAGCGGCAUUACAGAAAUGUGCGGUGAGGUAGUCUCAGAAACACGUGACCGACUGUAAAAAUGUGUAUCAUGUAUGUUUGAACACAGAUGUUCUUGGAUCACC